AUGCGUAAAGAUAGCAAUAUGGAAGUGUUUACAAUAGAAGACCACUGUAAGGGGGAAGGAUUCCAAGAAAUGACUCCAAAAUCAUAUUCAAGGCCCAGCAUGAACAAUAAUCAUAGAUUCUUUGGCUCUAGUCCAGGCGGGUUUUGGGGAGGUGCUAUACCCACAAGUGAAAUUUCUCUUCCGUCCAAUUUCACGUUGGAUCUGGAAACAGACAUUCCAUACCAGGAGCAAGAGUGUCUGAUAAAAUCAUCCGCAAGCAAACAAGAAAGAGAGCGUCCAGGAACACCUUGGAGGACAGUUGGAGCUAUCAAUUCCCAGACGCAAGCAGCUAGCGAUAUUUCACAUGGAGAGAAUCGUUUCGGUAAUAUGAAAGAAACAUGUCCUGAAUUAAUGCAGGGUAUUAAGAGGACAGUGGGAGGUAUCUCCCCUGCAAGAAGAGAGAGAUCUGCUCCAUCAUCUCCACCAUCGUCCACAAGAUUCAGAUUGCAGAAACGAAGAAGAAUUAAUUGA